UUUUAAUCUAGAAAACUACUUUCUGAAGUUAGUCGUUACCUACUACGUGGACUUUGUACUAAGCAAAUGGUGUAUUCUAUUUAUAAAGGGGCGUGCAAGACGUUUCUGAAUGUUAAAGCAUGAUGAGACUGUGGAACGUAAUAGGACUGCUGUUUUUUCUGUCAUCUCUGUCCAUCAUAAGAGUACUGAGAAGCGAGAACCUUGUUAUUCCCCAUGAUGCUCAUCCUGGACACACAGUCAAAAAAUACUCCUUCAAUGGACAGACUUUUCAUAUUGUUGGCAAGCAAUUUUCGGAAAAUUUUGCUAUCUUAAGUAACGGUAUUCUCAUGUUAACAUCAGAUAUUUCCCACAGAAUAGGACAACCAAUCGCUCUUGUUGUCAAGGAACAAUACCACAACGUUACGUUAAAUGGUGUUCUUGUAGUACACGUAAAACACAAGAAUCAUAUGUUAAAGUUCGGGAAAAAUUUGUAUUCGGGGAGUGUAUUCGAGAAUUUUCCCUGUGGAACUAUUGUCCAAGGCCUGGAAGAUAUAGUCGUUUCUGGUGUAGCAAACAACCAUGUUACUUACAGCAUUGUGUCUGGAAAUGAUGACAAUUCUUUUAGUGUCACUCCAUCUUCUCCCAACAGGACAACAGCUGUCGCUGUCGUAACUAAUCACCCUCUGGAUCGAGAGCAACUAGCCUCAUAUAAGUUAGUGUUGCGUGUGGUAGAUGAACUCGGGGUCGAUAACGAUGAAACAGUCCUUCAUAUUGAUGUAUUGGAUGUCAACGACAACCCACCAAUUUCGGAAAGGGACUUCUACGACUUCCAAGUACCACUGAAGACCGAACCAUUUUCUGUGAUCGGUAACGUCACCGCCACAGACAUGGAUGGAGAUCAUCCUGUUUAUCAUUUUUGCAAUCAUCAUUCGAAGUUCAGUAUCAUUCCAAAAACUGGCCAGGUCUUUUUGACAGGAAUACUUGAACCAGAAACGUACCAAUUACGCAUUCGAAUACACGAUAAUCGCAGUCCUCGAUUAUACAGCCAUGUCAUUCCUUUAUCUAUCACGGCAGUCUCACCUGAUUCGUUUACUAUUGAAGAAACCUUAUUUGAUUUCAUGGAAGAUGACAUGAAAUAUUUAUCGCGGUCAAAAAGGUCGGUACGGCCAACAAAAAGCUAUGAAUACAAAGAAAAUGAUGGAAGUAUUAUAGGACAAACCAUGUUUCAGCUGGAGAAAACGAACCCCCAAGAGAUAUUCCAAAUCGAAAGUCCCAAUCAAUGGGUUCAAGUAGACAGAUUAGGUGUUGUAAGAGUGAAGGAACCAUGGAAUUAUGAACAACUAGGGAAAGAAAAAACUAUUGAUUUUUGGGUAUAUGCAUCGCAACCAGGUGUUCCAGGUACGUUUUGUUAA